UGACAAACGGUGAAUAGAAUAAGCUGAAAGACUACUUUUAUAAUUUUUUCCCUUAAUUAUGUCGUUUCCUUAUAAAUACGAAACCAAUAGGUAAUCAUCACGAUUAGCUCGUGUUCCUAGAGAAUUCGGAGCGGCGCGUGACGCUACGACUAUUGUAACAUGGGGUCCCGAGACCGGGAUACAAAAUCGCUUCAGGACAAGUUAAAAGUUUUCUUCAAAAAAGCCGGAGUACCGGCGCGCAGCGAGCUGUCCAUCACCGCGGAGCUGGAGCGCGAGCUGAGCGCCGACGUGCCGUUGCACCGGCGGCUGCGCGCCGUGCGGGAUCUCGCCGAUAAGGCGCUGCAAUUGCGCAUCCAGGAUGGUGGAGUGGAGCGCAUAUGGCGCGCUACGCGGGACCUGCUGGAGGCGGAGAGCGUGGAGGCGCGACACGCGGCGCUGGCGUUACUGCGCGCGCUGGCAGAGGGGCAGGCAGAGCGACUAAGUAUCAUGCGCACGGUGUUGUUUCGCUUCUUGCGUGAGUCGCACGCGAACCGCGCGCCCGACGACGCACCACUGCGGUUCAAGUUACUUCACACGCUCACCAACACCGGCAAAAACAUUACCUGCUUUGAGGAACAGAUUGGUGCAUUCCUAGUGGAGUGGCUGCAGCAGCCGGAGACCCCAGCGCUGCAGGUGGAACUGCUGCAGCUGGUCACCAAUGUGGUCAAGUUUAAUGCCAGCUCCCUCGAUGAAGACAUAGUGCACGGGAUUGUGAAUUGCGCGUGCUGGUCGCUGGAGAUGGGCGGCGGCGGGGCUGGGGGCGGCGCCGGGGGCGGGCCCGUGGGAGCGGCACUGGCGCUGCUGGAGGCCGUGCUGUCGUACUCGCUGCUGCCGCGCGCGGCGCUGCGCACGUUCGUGUGCGCGCUGUGCCGCACCGUCAACCUGGAGGCGUACACGCAGCACAGCUGGAAGCUCAUGCGCUACGUGGUGGGCGGCGAUUGCGGCCACGCCGCGCUGCUGGAGAUGACGGACGUGGCGCGCGGCGCGGGGGCGGCGGCCGAGGGCACGGACGCGGGGCUGGUGCGCGGCGCCGUGUUCUACGUGAACAUGGCGCUGUGGGGGCCGCGCCGCGUGCCCGCGCUGCGCGUGUCGUUCCUGGCCGUGCUGCCCGCCUUCCUGGAGGCCGUAGAGCUGCGCGCGCCCGUGGUGACGUACGAGGUGCUGCAGGCGCUGCAGGUGCUGGUGACGCGGGCGCCGCAGGAGCUGCACGAGCCAGCUUGGGACAUGGUGCUGCGCAUCCUGCACGCCGUGCUGGCGGGCGCGGAGGCCGGCGAGCGCAACGAGCUGAUCCAGGCGCGGCUGCACGCCGUGCUGACGGGCGUGGAGCAGCUGGCGCUGGCGGGCCAGUACGCGGGCAGCCUGGACGCGCUGCUGGACCUGCUGGACCGCUGCGGCCACGAGCGGCCCGAGGCGUCCGCCAUGUGGCUCGUGUCCACCCGCGCCGCCGCGCUCAGCCCGUGGCGCGCCGAGUGGGCGCAGGCGGCGCUGGCGCUGCACGACAAGUACCUGCGCCACGAGCCGCGCCUGCCCGUGCGCCUGCACACUCUGGACGCGCUGCUGGCCUUCAUCAUGCGAUACAAGCUCACGUACGGCGAGGAGCUGGUGGAGCGCGUGGGCGCGCCCGUGGUGGCCAGCUGCGCGCUGGACGCGGAGCCCGCCGUGAGGGCGGCGGCGGCGCGGGCGGCCGCCGAGCUGGCGCGGGCCGUCAGCUCCGACGUGUGCGCCGACCUCGUGGACCUGCUGCAGAAGAUCCUGGACCGGCCCUUCGAGAUGUACGUGACGGACGUGCCCAUCCCGGCCGACGCCGACGUGUCGGACCUGCGGCUGGCGGCGCGCGCGCUCGUGGAGCUGGUGCACGACAAGCUGCUGCGGGCGCCCGCGGCGCACGCGGCGCGGGCCGUGCUGGUGCUGCUGGACCACCUGGAGCAGCACUACCGGCGCCCCGCGCUGUUCCUGCACCACCCGGACGUGCGGCUGCAGAUCCUGGAGCUGGUGUUCGCGCUGCGCAGCAACGCGUUCCAGUGCGUGGGGCUGGCGGGCGGGCGGCGGCCGCUGAGCGCGCCGGCGCUGGUGUGCUCGGCGGCGGCGCUGGCGGCGCGCGGGCCGGCGGCGGCGCUGCUGCCGGCGGCGCGGCUGGCGCGGGCGCUGGAGCGCGCGCUGGGCCGCGAGGCGGACUGGGCCGUGCUGGGCGCCGUGCUGCGCGCGCUGCCCGCGCUGCUGGCCGGCCGCGCGCUGUGCGUGGGCCGCCGCGCCGCCGAGCUGGACCAGCUGGCCGGCACGCUGUGCUCCAUGCUGUCGGACCGCAGCCUCAACUUCCCCGACUGCCUGCGCGUGCCGGCGCCGCACAAGCUGUCGCUGUCGGAGUUCCAGAGCGCGGCGCUGCCGCCGCUGGCCGCGCUGGCGCCCUACCACGCGUGGCUGGAGCCCCACACGCAGCAGCGCAUCGUGCGCUGCCUGCUCAAGUUCGGCAUGGUGCUGCGCACCCCGCAGCCGUACAUGAGCGCGCUGACGGUGUUCACGCUGGAGACGCGCGAGACCAUGGUGAAGAUGCUGCCGGAGGUGCUGCUGGACCUCUCCAAGAUCUCGGACACCAAGCUCAUCGCCGCUCCCAUGCUCGAGUUUCUCUCCACGCUGACGCGGCUGCCGCGCGUGUUCUCGUCGUUCGUGGAGGACCAGUACAUGUCGGUGUUCGCCAUCCUGCUGCCGUACACGAACCCGUCGCGCUACAACCACUACGUGGUGUCGCUGGCGCACCACGUGAUCGCGGCCUGGUUCCUCAAGUGCCGGCCGUGCUACCGCCGCAACUUCGUGCGCUUCAUCAUCCACGGGCUGCACAACUACAUCAUCCUGCCGUUCGAGGAGCGGCUGCAGCGGCCCGCGCCCGCCAACGAGGACUCGUCCAACCGGCAGCGCUCGUCCAGCCUGGGCUCGCGCGCCGUGUCCCGGGCGCCGCUGGGGCAGAGGCCCGCGGGCCCGCGCGGCGCCGCCGCCGCCUCGGGCCCGGCCUCCGCCGCCUUCCACGUGGAGCUCACCGAGACCUGCGUGGACCUGCUGGCGCGCUACGCCUUCACGCCGUGCGCCGUCAAGCCGCACCGCGGGGACCUCGCCGAGUUCAUGUUCCACGGCGGCCACUCGGCCACGUGGCUCGUGGGCCACAAGCUGGUCACCAUCACCACCUCCGGCUGCCUGCAGAACUCCAUCAAGCAGGGGCUGUGCGACAGGUGCGCCACGCUGUGCCGGCAGCACGCCGCCGCGCCCCCGCAGCAGCCGCAGCAGCCGCAGCAGCAGCCGCAGCAGCCGCAGCAGGCGCAGCAGCAGAGCGAAGUCAGCGCGAGCGGGGCGGUCGGCGCGGACGCAGGCGGCGCCGAUGUCAGGCGGCAAAAUUCCGGCGAAGGCAAAACGGGUGAACGUGACCCGGUGGCGGAGGUGCUGUCGCAGUUCACGCAGCGCUUGGAGCGCGUGGCGCGCGAGGUGGACGGCGAGGAGGGCUGGGCGCGCGUGGGCGAGCUGGCGGCGGCGGGCGCGUGCCCGUGCUGGUGCGCGCGCUGGGCCGAGGUGCACGUGCGCGCGCCCACGGGCGACACGGCGUGGGUCACGCGCCUGCAGAACCGCGCCGCGCCGCUGGAGCGCGACGACGCGCUGCAGGAGCUGGCGGCGCUGCUGCUGCCGGCCGCCGCGCCGCCGCCCGCCGGCCCGCCGCCCGCCGCGCCGCCCGCCGCCCCCGCCCCCGCCCCCGCCGCGCCGCCGCCCGCCCCCGCCCGCCUCGGCACGCAGCCCAUCAACAUCCCCGGCUCGCCGCAGCGGCAGAGCUCCUCGAGCACCACGGACGACGACGACAUGCUCAUCAUCGCGCCCUCGGGCAAGUCGCGGCACCCGGUGCGGCGCUCCAACUCGUCCCCGGAGAUGUCGUCGUGGAAGCUGGCGGCCCGCGAGGCGCCGGCGGAGGACGAGGCGCCGCCGGAGGCGCCGCCGCCGCCGCAGCCUAGCGUCGGCAAGAAGGCGCCCAAGAAGCCCGACAUGCGCGUGUCGUGCGAGGCCAUCCCCGAGGAGAUGUCGGGCACGUCGCCGCUGACGCAGCCGCCGCACCCGCACCUCAUGACCUACAACUCGGACCCCGGCGAGGGCGCGGCCCCGAGCGGCGCUGACGGCCUGCCUGCGGCAGGCUGGCGCUCGGGGGCGGAGCCCGGCGCGGAGCUGGCUGGCCCGGCCGAGCGCGCGCAUCACCAGCUACAAAAAACGGCGAGCGACAGCACGGUGGGGUCGGGGGCGGGGGCGGGGGCCGCGGGGGCGGGGGCGCUGGACCGCGACGACCUGCCGCCGCUGGCGCGCUCCAAGCGCUCCAACACCAUCUCCGUCAUGAGCCCCACGCGCCGCCACCGGUCAGUAGCGCGGCUGCAGCCCCGGGGGGGCGGAGCGCCCGGGGCCGCGGCUGACGUGCAGUGUGUGCGCAGGGACGCGGCGGCCGGCGGCGGCGGCGGCGGCGGCGGCGGGGGGGGCCUCACGCCCGCCUUCGUGUUCCUGCAGCUGUACCACAACAUGAGCACCUACCCCAUCACGCCGCCCGUGCCAGGCGAGGCGCCGCCGCUGCCCAGCCCGCUGGCCGAGCGGCCGCUGCGCGUGGCGGGCGUGCAGCACGAGCGCUCCAUCAAGAACCUGGACCUGGUGCCGCCGCUGGAGACGUACAAGGUGGGCGUGCUGUACGUGGGCCCGGGCCAGGCCGACGACGAGGUGGCCUUCCUGCGCAACGAGUGCGGCUCCGUGCGCUACGCCGACUUCCUCACGCAGCUGGGCACGCUCGUGUCGCUGGACCAGGGGGCGGACCAACCCGACCUCUUCCUCAACCUCGAGAAGGGCGGCAAGGACGGCCAUUACACCUACGUCUGGACCGACGACGUCAUGCAGGUUCAGUUCCACGUGGCGACGGCGAUGCCCACCUCGGCCAAGGACCCCAACUGCAACGAGAAGCGCAAGUACAUCGGCAACGACUACGUGUCCAUCGUGUACAACGACUCCGGCGCCGACUUCAACAUCACCACCAUCAAGGGCCAGCUGAACUUCUGCAUCGUGGUGGUGGAGCCGUUAGAGCACGGCAUGAACCGCGUAUUCAUCAAAACCAAAGACGAGCGCAUCCGCAGCAAGUUCCUCGCGCACCACGACGCGCAGUGCGUGUCCGACCCCAACGUGGCGCUGCUGGCGCGCCAGGUGGCGCUGCAUUGCUCGCUGGCGUCGCAGAUCUCGCAGUCGCUGAAGCUGGGCGGAGCGCCGUACGCCAGCAACGCGCUGGAGCGGCUGCGGCUCAUCAAGCGGCUGCGACGCCGCGUGGAAGCGGAGCGCCUGGCUGCGGCCGCGCGCGCCCCGGAGCCCUACGCCGGCGGGCCCGACCUGCAGCAGCGCGUCGCCAUCGACGAUUUCAACGACUACACGUAGGCGCCGGUGUACACGACGUCCGAAUGAGUAAUUAACGAUCCAAGGAUCGUUUUCGUAAGAAAUAUUUGGCGUAUAGACUGAUAAUAAUAUAGUGCGAUGUAAAAAAAAUAAGCGCGUAAGAUAAUAUGAAUUCGAAACGAUGAUAAGAACGUCGGGAAUAUGUUUAACCCUCCUACAGCCGCUAGUCCCUGACUGGUGAGACGCGAGCCGAACACUAGCAGAUGUUGUUUCUUUACUUAAACAUAUUUCCUACACUGUGAAAUAGUAAAUUUUACGUAAUUAAGUUUUUACAAUGAAUUUUAAGAUAAUAAUUGUGUAUUGAAGCAGUUUAUCAUUACUCUUUUCUGUUCAAAAGGCUUUGCAUAUGUUAACUAAAUGGUCAGCUUUGUGUGUGGCGUGGACACCAGUUCGUCCUACAGGUUGGACGGCACCAAUGCUGAUUCUGCACCCUGCUCUGUAUAAUUCUCGCCUAAUAGAUCAUCUAUUUGAUUGUAGAUAAUACAUUCACUACUACUUAGUUAGCUACCUGAGGUCUAUUUUAGUGCUGACAGUGUGUCUGUGUGUGGGCGUGGCCUCACUCGCUGAGACACUGAAACAGUUGACAAUUCUUGUUAAUAUAUUUUAUGUAGCAAUUUAUUUAGUGACAAAAUAUUUGUAAUCAAAUAAAUGAUGGCUAUUUUAA